AUACCAAAAUACUACAUUCAAAUUCGUAGAAAUUUUAAAAUCUCUUUUAACUAAAAUUCCCUCUUGAAGUCUUAAAAUUUCCUGAAGAGGGUAAUGUUUACUUCGUCGCCUCGAUCAGGUCUGUGAAGCGGUCUUCGUUUUUCCUUCCACUCUCUUCCUCUUCUUCCAGAUAUUCGAACUAGGGUUUCCGUUUUUCCUUGAAAACUGGAGAGAUUUUGCUACAGACGCUGGAGUUAAAAGAUCCCUGAAAGCAAGAGGGGAUAGUGUCAAGGCUAUAACUUGAGCGAGCUGUCUCUCUCUCUCUCCAAAGAUUGCAAGAGUAGCCAGAAAAAAGUUAAUAUCAUGUCUGGUAGGAAAGAAACAGUUUUGGAUCUGGCAAAGUUUGUCGAUAAGGGUGUACAAGUCAAGCUCACAGGCGGAAGACAGGUAACAGGCACUCUAAAGGGGUAUGAUCAGUUAUUGAACCUUGUCUUGGAUGAAGCUGUAGAGUUUCUAAGAGACCCAGAUGAUCCACUGAAGACCACUGACCAAACCAGGCGUCUUGGCCUAAUAGUUUGUAGGGGAACUGCAGUGAUGCUUGUGUCACCGACUGAUGGUACCGAUGAGAUUGCCAACCCAUUUGUCCAGCCAGAUGGGGCCUAAGGUUACCUUCCUACUGUUUUCUACUCCUUUCUAAUAUAGGAAGCUGCCUUCCAAAUGAUGAAGAUUGUCCAUUGUGUGGUUUAGUCUGCAUAGUGCUCGUCUUUUGUCAUCCAUGAAGUCAAUUGGCAUGAAUAGUGUUAAAUGCACUCUUGGUCACUGAUUCUUUUUUGUCUAUCUUGCUUGCCACUUCUCUUUUUCCUAACGUGGCCAUUGUACUACUUGUAGUUACUUGCACUUAGUGCAAUUGCUGGAAUGAGAUUGCAAUGAUUUGAAGUAAA